UUGCGCAUGCGCGAACCGAUCCCGUCUUCCAAUACCAAAUGUGUCGUGAAACGCAACAUAACAAUGUAGUCUUUAAGUCCGCGUUAAUGCCUUCGUUGUUAUGUUCGAUACUUAUUUGGCCAUUGUAUAGAAAACUGCACUUUAUUAAUGAUUUGUGUCAGGCUACAUUCGACUCGCCACAACGAGCUUCUCAGGCUAGCUUAGCUUGCUAGUUAGCUUAGCUUGUUAGCUGCUAACAAAGAAAUGUGGAUUUUAUCAACACGUCGCUAAGCAGAGAUCAAAUGUGAGUGUAAAGUGUUGUGAUUGUGUCAAAAUGUGUGAAAGAACGAUAGUAGAGUACGAGGAGGAACUUUCUCCCACAAAAGAGGAGGAGUGAUCACGUCAACUACUGGACGCUGUUUUCAAGACACAGAACAGACGUCUCCUUUAGCAGCAGGAGUGGACCUCCAGGAUGGAGCAGGAAAAGCCACAGCCCCCAUACAUCAAGAAGGAAGAGGAGGAGCCACAGCACACCCAUAUUAAGGAGGAAAAGGAGGAGCCACCGCAUCCCCACAUUAAAGAGGAGGAGGAGGAUCACAGCAUUAGUCAGCGUGAGCUCGAAGGAUUGGAGGAUGACCAAGUCAUCCGUGUCAUUGUGAAGAGUGAAGAUGAUGAAGUCAAAAGUGAAAGUGAGGAGGAGAGAGAGGCGGAGCCUCCAAGCAGCAGCUCAACUCAACACAUGACAACAGAAGACCACUGUGGAGGAUCACAAGCAGACAAGCUCUUAGCUCCACUGUCAGAUGGCGACGACACAACGUCACACUCUCCUGACACUGAUGAUGAAGACUCUGAAGCUGAUACGUGUCACACUGACAACACACACUUUAAAUGCUCUCACUGUGACAAAACUUUUAAUCACCAUUGUCGUCUGAAAACGCACAUGAGGAUACACACUGGAGAGAAACCGUUCAUGUGUUCAGUUUGUCGUAAAACAUUCUCUCAGAAGCAGCAUUUAAAAAGGCACACAAGAAUACACACUGGUGAAAAACCGUUUAUCUGUUCAGUCUGCAAUAAUGGUUUUACGCAGAGGCAGCAUCUGAAAAUACACAUGAGAAUACACACCGGUGAAAAGCCUUAUUCUUGUUCAAUCUGCGGUAAAGGUUUUGUACAAAGUAAAUAUUUGAAAAUACACAUGAGAAUACACACCGGUGAAAAACCCUUUUCCUGUUCAAUCUGCGGUAAAAGUUUUAUACAAAACAAAUAUUUGACAGUGCACAUGAGAACGCACACCGGCGAAAAACCAUAUUCCUGUUCGAGCUGUAACAAAAGCUUUUGUGACCCGUCAGCACUUGUAGCACAUGUGAAAACACACGCCGGUAAGAAAGUGUUGAGUUGCAGUGUGUGCGGAGAAAGAUUCUCUUUUAAGUACCAGUGUAAGAAACACAAGUGUGCUGGUGAGAACAGCAGCAGCAAAUGAAGCUGCAGGAUUUUAAAUAAACUGUCAAGACUUUCCUUAACUUUGACUUUCUAACAACCUCACCACACAUAACGUGUGACAUCAUUAUUGUAUGUGUAACACAAUCUUGUUAAUAUGCUUCUACUAUUUAUAAAUGAUAUUUUUUAGAUUAGUGGUUUUGUUCAGUCAAGUACAUGCAUGAAUGAAUACACAACAUUGUGUACGUUAAUUUAAUAGUAAACCAUUUUCUUUGAAAAAGUGAUAACUUUGACGAAUUAGGUAAUGUUGCCGAGUCUCAUUUUAACGUGUUUUUCUUUCAUUUAAAAAAUUCAACAUUACAAAACAGAUACACACAUACUUACAUAAAUAUACAGGGAGGGCCAUAUAUUUCCUUACACUGGAAAGUAUAUUAUGUGUAAUUUAUUUGUUUCUGAUAUCCUUGAUGUUUUUGACA